AUGUCGAUGCCAGGGUCCUACACUAAUAAGCCCACGACGAGGACUUCAUCAGAAUCCGACUCAGACAGUGAUAGUUCGUCGGUUUUCGACUCGGCUCCUUCCAGCCCAACGUCGUCGACAGCUCUAAAAGAAGAGCAUAAACUCAGAAAAGCCUCGAGCCCUAAGAACAGCGCAGUCGCUGCCAAGACAGAAAACAAUAAUACCAUAAGGCCAUCGAGGCCAACAUCGCAAUAUGUGACGCCACCUCUCCCAUUGGAGGCUCCCAAUGGCCUAGGAAGAGCUUCCAGCCUAGUGAAGUCUUCUCUGAAGAGCCAUUUGCGGAAGAAAACUGACACUCAAAGGAGAUACUCCACCACACUGGCUGACCUUCGGCUUCCGCCCAGCAAAAUGACUGCUCAAAAAGAAAACAUUCGUCUCGACACGAGAGAAAGGACAUUGAGCUCCAGAAAGCCUUCUUCACUGCUGUCCCUGGUCCCUAGAACUGCCAAUUGGCAAAUACCCCCACAUAUCCACGCCCAAAGGAAAAUGCAUCUGACUCUGAACUCGCCUCCUUCGAGGCAAGGUUCCGUUAGAAGACUGGCGAAGGAUUCUGGCCUAGAUCCAGCGAACGUGCUUAAACUCAAGAUCUCUUGUCGCGAGUCUUUGGAGGAGAUUGUGGCCCUUAAGCUUCGUAAAGACCGUCUCCGAAGCCUGAUGGAGCUUGUUGACGUGAUUCUAUUUAAGCUUGCAGGCAAGUUGCCAUGUGCUAAAGAAGGCGUUAAGAUUUCUUUGGUUUUCCCUGACUCUUCCCUACCCUCAGUCACACUCAAGAGCCCUGGCGGCUGUGACGACCCCUACAAUUGUGAAUGUGAGGAUUUUAUGAUGGGGUACAUUCAAGCCAAGAGCAAGAUAUAUGUGAAAGUAUCAUCUUAA